CGACUCGACUGCGCCGUGCAGCACCACCACUACACCAUGGCCGUCCCAGGAUCCUGCGAGCACUCAUUCAAGAUGAUCAAGUCGGACACGACUCUAAUUCUCUGGAACUGCAACAUGUGCCAUUCAGGGCCGCACUGGUACAUCUACGAGUGCCAGAACUGCAAGCUCAAGACGUGCCGGCCCUGCACAGCCAAGGCAUAGGGUGCGCCCAGACAGAUGUGAGGAGAUGUGAGCGGGCGUGCUCUGCCUGAUCGACGGCACUGGGCAGGGAUACCAUGCCCGAAACCGCGCUCCUGGAUCCUGAGAUCUCUCGCACUCCUCCUCUCCCGACCCCUGCCGCCUACUGCCUUCG